AUGGAAGUAAAGGGGACAUCAGGUAGAAGCUUUUGCUGUGAGUCAGAAGGACAAUUUAAAAGUUGCCUAAAGAGGCACACACCAUCUCUGUUGCUGCCUUCCAGUUGGAAAGGAAACUCAGGUUCUUGCCUAAUGGCCGAAGCCCUUCACAGAAUGUCCCCCACCCCUACCAGCUGCCCACUGCCCCUCCCCCUCUGCAGAAUGUCUGGGGUCCUAUGUUCAAACCUGUUUACUUUCAAAUUUUACCUGCUCCAGUUGGACUCAGGAGCAUCUGCUGAGCCAGGUCACUCUCUGGGUCUUACCCUUGACUUUUCUCAUUGCGGAAACUGCCAGACAGCGGUUGUCAGUGCCCAGCCUGAGGGGAUGGCUUCAAAUGGAGGUGAGCCCGUAGGGAUGAGGGCAUUAUCCGAAACCCCUGGUUCUUGGUUGUCUGUGUUCACAGCUCUGCCCUUCACCACACCUGCUCCUGCCCCAGCACACAGGCCACCCCUUGUGACUGCAGGGGUUCCUCCAGGCGGCCCUCUGGUGCUGUCUGCCUUCCCCAGCACACCUCUGGUGGCAGGACAGGAUGGCCGCGGCCUGAGUGGGGCUGGGGCUUCCAACGUCUUUGUCCAGAUGAGGACAGAGGUGGGGCCUGUGAAGGCCCCUGAGGCACAGACCUUGGUCCUAACUCAGGCCCCCCUCAUCUGGCAGGCGCUCUGCAGAGGUGUCGCGUGUCCACCUCCCCUACUCCUGGCAGCUGCUCCUGUGGUGCCUGUUAUGGCUGCCCAGGUGGUUGGAGGCACCCAGGCCUGUGAGGGAGGCUGGUCCCAGGGCCUUCCUCUUCCACCACCACCACCACCACCGGCUGCCCAGUUGCUCCCCAUCGUGUCCCAAGGGAAUGCUGGGCCAUGGCCACAAGGGGCUGGUGGAGAGGGCAGCCUGGCUUCCUCCCAGGCCAAGGCCCAACCAGGUGACUCCUGUAACCCCAAGAGUGUCUAUGAGAACUUCCGACUCUGGCAGCACUACAAGCCCCUGUCCCGAAGGCACCUUCCCCAGAGUCCUGACACCGAAGCGCUUUCCUCCUUCCUCAUCCCAGUUCUCCGAUCCCUGGCCCGGUGGAAGCCCACCAUGACCCUGGAGGAGGGACUGUGGCGGGCCAUGGGGGAAUGGCAGCACACGAGCAACUUUGACCGGAUGAUCUUCUACAAGAUAGUGGAAAAGUUCCUGGAGUUUGAGGCUGAAGAGAUGCAGAUUCAGAAAUCGCAAUGGAUGAAGGGGACCCAGUGCCUGCCUCCUCCAGCCACACCGAGGCUUGAACCCCAAGGACCUCUGGCCCCUGAGGUGGUCAAGCAGCCAGUGUACCUUCCCAGCAAGGCCGGCCCCAAGGCCCCGACUGCCUGCCUGCCACCACCCAGACCCCAGAGGCCAGUGGAGACCAGCCGCCUGCCACCACCCAGGCCCCAGAGACCAGCAGAGACCGAGGUCCCUGAUGAGAUUCCCCCAGAACUGGUGCAGGAGCAUGUGGACAUCAUGGAGGAGCUGCUGGGGCCUCCCCUCGGGGCCACGGGGGAGCCUGAGAAACAAUGGGAAGAGGGCGAAGUGAAGCAGCCACAGGAAGAGGACUGGACGCCCCCAGACCAGGGCCUCCUGAGCUACAUUGACAAACUGUGUUCCCAGAAAGACUUUGCCACCAAGGUGGAGGCCGUCCUUCACCCCCGAUUCCUGGAAGAAUUGCUUUCCCCAGAUCCACAGAUGGAUUUCUUUGCCCUAAGCCAGGAGCUGGAGCAGGAGGAAGGACUCACCCUUGCCCAGCUAGUGGAGAAGCACCUCCUACCCUGGAAGGAGAAACAGCAUGUGAGGGCAGCCCCUGGUCAUGGCGUGGCCCGGUUGGACUCUAGUUCUUCCGAGUUUGCAGCUGGCCAAGGAGCAGAGAGAGACGUCCCUGACCCCCAACAAGGGGUUGGCAUGGAAACCUGCCCACCCCAGAUGGCUGCCUGGGACCCUCAGGGACGAGGCAGAGCACACACUGGCAUGGCCAGGUCCAAACACUCUGCUGUGCUUUUGGGGUGUCAGGAUCCCCCUGGGCUGAGGGCUGCCCGGCCAACCUCUCCUCCCCAGGACCACAGACCCACCUGCCCUGGCCUGGGUACCAAGGAUGCCUUGGAUCUGCCUGGAGGGUCUCCUGUCAGGGAGUCACAUGGGCUGGCUCAGGGGUCAAGUGAGGAGGAGGAGGAGCUUCCCAGCCUGGCCUUCCUCUUGGGUUCCCAGCACAAGCUGCUGCCCUGGUGGCUAUCCCAGAGCCCUGUCCCUGCCUCGGGCCUUCUCAGCCCAGAAAAGUGUGGACCCCAGGGAGCUCUUCAGCCCCCAUCUGCUAAGAGAAGAGACCUCAGCCUAGCACCAUCUCCUGCCACCAAGUCCAAGAAGCGACCUCUCUUGGGAAGCCCAUCCCCUGCUGAAGAGACACCCCACCCAGGGCCUGGGCUCAGGGUCUCUGGGGAGCAAUCCCUGGCUUGGGGGCUGGGUGGCCCCUCACGGUCUCAAAAGAGAAAAGGUGACCCCUUGGUCGCCAGGAAGGAGAAGAAGCAGCAUUGUGGCCCCCAGGAGCCCCUUCAGAUGCUCCAGGGACUGACAGAUGCUGAGGAAACCCUGAUCCCUCCCACCACCCACUCACAAGGCCCUGCCUGCUUUAGGGAGGCUUCUUGGGGCCUCCCAUCAUUAUCAGCAUCCCUGGAAAAUCCUGGGAUUGGAGACAGCUGGCUGGCUCUUGCUGUGCUCAGUGGAGGUGAGCAGAAGGCAGCCGCCUGCAACAUGGACAUGGGGAGACGAGGCUGCUCCUGCUUAACCCUCAUCAGGAAGAGCACGGGCACUGGGCUGAAGGGAGACGUUGAGAUGACCGUCCACACAAGUGUGUUUGGGAUACGACGAUGGGACCCCUGUGACUGCCAGGGCACUGGUCCCAGCACUGCCUGCAUGCAGAGCUGUGGUCAUGGCGCUGGGGGCUGGCCCAGCAGCAGAGGCUGGUGGGGCAAAGCUGUCCGAGAACACAGCAGUCAGCCGGACAGAUGCCCCUCUACCCCAUCCCUUCUGCUCGAUGUGGGCAGUGUCGGAGGCCUGCCGUCUUCUGUGGCCUUUGGGAAGGAGAGUUUAUCUUGGCAGGGCUUCCCCAGCUCAGUGGACAUCAGGCCCUCAGGGAAAAUGUGGGGAGUGAAGAGUCACUGCUACCAGGAUGGACUUGAUCCAAGUGGCUGCCCUUUGUAG